AUACUACGGCGCACGCGCUAGCGUUUCUGCUACAGCCUAAUUAAAAUUAAAAAAAAGAAGAGGCUGUAUACAGAACGCAUAUUUAAAAAAAAUAGUAUCAUUACAAAGUAUUCCAGCAUAAAUUUGUGCAUGACAAAGCUGGAAUUUGUUUUAAAUAGUUUUGUGUUCGAAAUUUGAAUUUCGCGGGUAUAUUUUGGCGGGACUUUAGAAUUGUGUUGCAUGUUCUACAAUAGACAAAUAAAUAGUGCUUUCUUGUGAUAAAGAGUAUAUAUAAUUGAAUAACAAUGUUUCACGGAGGCAUAUGGACGAAGCUGCAAGGCUUUUACAAGUGGUACGUUCUGGGUUUGGUGUCUAUCGGCUACAUUCUUGGAGAGCUGGGGCACUACUUAAUUGGUACCACUUCCAAAGUGACAGCUGACGAUCUCCACUACGGCGACAAGUCGUGCAUGCUGAACGCAACCGACCUCAUGCUGAGCGAUCUACCACUCGUCUGCGAGAAGGUCAACUCCUCAGAAACAUGCGAGACCCUGACUCUAAAUGGGACGAGAUACUGCGAGUGGGGAUACAACGGCCUGGGGAUCGACUACCAGAUUCUGGCAGGACCGGCGUUUAUGGCCGUCUUCACAGUUGUAGGAGUCAUACUUGGCGUGGUUGCUGAUAGAUACAACAGAGCUCGUGUCCUCGCCUGCUGCACUCUGGUCUUCGCAAUCGCCAUUCUUCUCAUGGGCACCGUCACAGAAUACUGGCAUCUGGUUCUCUUGAGGAUGGUCAUGGCGGCAGGAGAAUCCGGGUGUAACCCGCUAGCUACCGGCAUACUCACAGAUCUGUUCCCUGAACACCAGAGGGCGCUGGUACUGUCGAUAUUCAACUGGGGCAUCUAUGGUGGAUACGGUAUAGCUUUCCCUGUUGGGAGGUAUAUACCUGAUAUAAACGCAUGGGGUCUGAGCUGGCGCGUGUGCUAUUAUGGUGCUGGAAUCAUUGGAUUGGUAAUUGCAUUCUUCACUUUCCUGACCCUUCGUGAACCGCCUAGAACUACAAUCGGUGAAGAAGGUGUGGGCAACAAAGCAGGUGAUGCGAGCCUGGAAUCAGGCAAGAAGAUUCCACAGGUGACAAUCUGGCACGUGAUCGCACAGCCCAGGAUUUUGCUGCUCUGUCUGGCUGCGUCUAUUCGUCAUUGCGGUGGUAUGUGCUUCGCGUACAACGCCGAUCUGUACUACCGCGACUACUUCCCCGACGUGGACCUGGGCUGGUGGCUGUUCGCCGUCACUGUCGGCAUUGGCUCCGUGGGCGUGGUCGUCGGCGGUGUCGUCUCUGACAAGUUUGUAGCAAAAAUGGGGGUGAGAUCUCGCGUCCUGGUGUUGGCACUGUCGCAACUAAUCUCCACACUGCCAGCUUUUGGAUCCGUAAUCUUUGGACCCCUGUGGGCCAUGAUCACAUUGGCCAUUUCAUACUUCUUCGCGGAGAUGUGGUUCGGCAUUGUGUUCGCCAUCCUGGUGGAGAUUGUCCCGCUGUCCGUCCGUUCCACCACCGUUGGCGUGUUCCUGUUCGUCAUGAACAACGUCGGUGGCAACCUGCCGAUCCUCGUCGAUCCAGUCUCCAAAGCUAUUGGAUACAGAGAGGCCAUUAUGAUCUUCUACGCCGGAUUUUAUGGCAUCAGCAGUAUCCUGUUCUUCCUGACAAUGUUCCUAAUGGACGGCCCUGUGGAACAGAAAAAAGAAACGCCAGCAGCCAAGCCUGUGGGACUUGAUAACACCGCGUUCACACAUGACGAGCUACCCACGAGGAAUGGGAGAAGUCUACCAUCCCCACCAGAUUCGAGUAGAUUGUAAACACGUAGAAUACAUAAAAUAUAUUUAGGAAUUGCAUGUUACACCGUGUCAAAAGCCUUUGAGUGUUCCACGUUUUUAAAUU